AUGCGUCGAAGAGAGUUUGCAGCAGCUGUUCCAUUGAUGGUUGAGGGCGCCCCCCAGCAAGGUGGUUUGCAACUUGAAGGACCAGCUACAGCCUUGAACAUAUGCAAGAGCCUUCGGGACCAGGCCAUGGCUCCGUCGUCAUUUCAUGAGUUUUGGUUGCGCACAGCAGAGAUUCUAAAGGGGGAUCGGAGUACAUAUGAACGUGAGUGCCUGUCCCGCAUUUUUGAGUCGAUGGUGUGCAUUGACCAACUCAAUCCAAGCGGGCUACAGUCGGCAGAGUUGUUGGUGAGAAGAAUGCAGGUCAUUCGGGAAGCUCAUCGGUUGAGUCCUUCAGCACCUGACUGCAGUGCAGCACAGAUCAUUUCAUGGGUUGGAGGUACAAGAAACAAUCCUCCGGCAUCGACUCCAGCCUGGCAGCACAUGUAG